AUGCCAUCAUUAAGUGAAUCAAUGAAACAACAUAUACAAAUUGGCAUUCGUGAUAUUGGCAUAGCGAUAAUCGAUGACAUCGCUCGAAACGACUUGUUUUAUAUUAGUAUAAGUAAAUCUAAAGAUAUCUGGAUGGAGAGCAGCAAAUCUCAUAUGAAACCACUUUCGUAUCAACUCAAUAAAAAUGUGGAUGAGCAAUACGAAUCAUACAUCAAAGAUCACAAUGCUCAUUCGAAUGAUGAAGAAUUUUCAAGCAAGAAGUAUCGUAUUGACAACAAUCGCGAUGUUUCUUUCGACGAAGAUACUGCAGAAUUGACCGAUCAUCAAGACCAUCUAGUACGUAUUAAACGGCAACCACUUGAUGGACUAUGGGUUGGAUUGGCUUGGUCGACAAGCAAUGCUGCACUUCAUGUGCGCAUCAAUCGUGUACAAAUUGACAAUGAACAUGAAUUCACUUUAUUUCCAGUUGUUCUUAAUCCAAUUGUUUCUAAAGCAGCAGGCACCGAUAUACCUGGAAAACCAUUCAUUGAAUUUAGUCUAUUCAAAACAACAACAGCACGAUCGAAUACGACACAUAUUAAAUACUUAAAACUGCUUGUUCAAGAAUUUGUUUUUUGUGCUGAUCAAACUUUAAUUAUGUCGAUUCUUACAUUCAUAAAAUCGGAAAAGGUUGCAGCAGCGCCUACAAUUAAUAUGGAUACAGAUCUAAAGCGUAUUUAUAAGCCACUUCAAGCGAUUACCGAAGCUCAAUCAAAUAGUCUACCAGCUGAGCCUAAAAUAUACUUUGAUGAUAUGCAUUUGUCUCCACUCAAGGGUGCUAUGGAAGGCCCAAUACAAUUCAUUGAAGGAAUAGCAAUCGGUACUCGACAUUUACUUGGUUCUGCCGUAGGUGGUGCUGCUGGUGCUGUUUCAAAGAUUACUGGUGUAGCUAGCAAAGGUUUGGCAACGUUAACAUUUGAUGAAGAUUAUCAAAAUGCUCGAAUAGCACGUAAAGAAAUUUCUGGACAUACAGUAUCUGAUGUUGUUCUAAGUGGAAAAAAUAUUGGCAAGGAUAUUACCCAUGGCGUUAAAGGUGUAGUGAAGAAGCCGGUGGCCGGUGCCAAAAAAAGAGGUACACCAGGUUUUAUAAAAGGCUUAGGUAAAGGUUUUCUUGGACUAAUCGCACGACCAGCAAGUGGUAUUGCUGAUUUUACUAGUACAUCGUUCGAUUUGAUCAAACGAGUGGCCGUGCAUGAAGAAGUUGUUCAUCGUGUUCGAAGUCCACGUCACGUUGGUCGAGAUGGCAUUAUUCGACCUUCUUCUGCUCAUGAAAUAAGAGGAUGUUAUAUUUUGAAUACACUCGACGAUGAAAAGCACUCAAAAUCCGAUAGUUAUAUUGCACACAUUGAUUGCUCUGAAGAUACUCCGACUUGGCUUCUUGCUACUUCGAAACGAUUGUUAUUUUUAACUGAAAAAAGCGGUUCAUCUAAUACCUAUGAAGUUGAAUGGGAUUGUCAGUACAAGGAAUUGAAAGGACCACCUGUUGUUAAAUUCCAACCAAACGAAAUUCAAAUUAUUUUCAAAGUAAGCUCAAUGUUCGUAUUUAUCGAUGCUAAUCAUAAUUUUCAAUACGGAUAA